UCAACUUGUAAAUGCCUUAAAAUAUGGAGAAACUGCUGCCCAUCUCAGACAAAGACCUGACGAGAAGCUCUGUGCGGCAAUUCAGGAUCUCGCUGUCUAAUCUCUUGCUGGUUGGCUGCGCGCUGGCGCCCUUUACCACAAUCUAUACAGUACUGAUGACAUUGAUAUACGACUUUGAGAACUCCACGUAUACGCAUUGCGAGGUGCUAAACAUUCUGCCGUCCAUGUCGUCGGUGAUCCGGCAGCAGCAACAAUUGUGGAUAUUUAUCGUAUGGGUGCAGCUGCCGGCACGCUUGCUGGCGGCCUGGCUGCACUGGCGCUAUCGGAGACGCGGCCUGCCCUGGCUGGCAAGUCUACUGAAAUGCCUGUCGCUGUUGUUUCUGGUGCAGAACACUUUGAGCUCCAUUUUGAUGGCGCACUAUGGUCAUCUGUCGGGCACAUUUCACAAUGCGACAGCACUCUCCAGUUGGAUAUCGGGCCUCGGCCUGUUGGGUCUCUCCCAUAUGAGCCAGAGGUACUGUGCAUCUGAGUCAAUGGGGCCGCACGAGAGGCUUUCGAAUCGCAUCAAACGCAAGCUGCUAAUCACGACCUGCACCGCCAUGCUGGUCAUGUGGCCAUUUUAUCUGCUGCACACGGGAUUCUGUGUGACAAUGGCCUAUUCGGUCUUUUCGUUUUGUGAAUACACGUUGACUUUGGCUAUAGCGUGCCAUAUAUGGACAUCAUAUCUGGAUUUCCAUCAUGUCUAUCUGUGCCUCAAUGUACAUUUUGGUUGCUAUUUGGCAGACGCAUAAUUGUUAUGGAACUGAAACUCUUU